AUGUCUCUAACAUCGCAAGGCCCGGCCUUGGCGAAGUCCAUCAGCCCUCACCCAUUCGAUCCACUUACACCGCAGGAGAUUCGUCUGGGCCACCGUAUUUUGCAGUCUGCGUUUCCCGGAGUUAAGCUUCGAAUCAAUCGAAUUGACCUCCAGGAGCCCAUUAAAAAAGAUGUCAUCCCUUAUAUUGAAGCAGAGCGGCUAGGGAAGCCUUUACCUCAGAAGCCUGCCCGUCUAAUCUACUCAUACUUUCACCGUCUGGAUACAGGGGCGUGCUGCAAGGCUCUGCUCAACGUCGACAAUGCGUCCGUUGUCUCUGUAAAGGAGCUACCGCCUGGAGUUCAGAUUCCUAUCGAUGUUGAUGAAAUUACUGACAUCGAAAACCUUUGCAACGAACAUCCAGCCGUGCUGGCGGAGAUCGAGAAAUUAAAACUCCCACCCGGAGUCACCGUAUGCAAUGAUCCUUGGAUGUACGGCAGUGACAGUGCCAAUGAGACACGUCGACUCUUCCAGUGUUUUAUGUAUAUUGUUUCUGUGGAUCAUCCCGAAAACAACCACUAUGCCAUGCCAUGCAAAUUUUGUCCUGUUUUUAACGGCCAUACCCGCGAGUUAGUCCGCAUGGACUAUCUCCCUGGCGGAGAUGAUACUCGGACAACAGAGACUCAGCCUUGGAAGCCUGUCAAAGCCAUUCAAUAUGCACAUGACCUGUUGGAUGAACCUCUUCGCACUGAUUUGAAACCUUAUAUUGUCCAACAGCCUGAAGGACCCUCCUUCUCUGUAGAGGGAAAUAAGGUCCACUGGCAGAAGUGGUGUUUCCGAGUGGGCUUCAAUAACCGUGAUGGCAUGGUGCUUUAUAACCUCACCUAUGACAACCGCAAUGUCUUGUAUCGACUUUCUGUAUCUGAAAUGACCGUGCCGUAUGGUGACCCCAGAGCUCCGUACCACAGAAAACAGGCGUUUGAUGUUGGGGAUGUGGGAUUCGGUCUAAACGCCAAUCAGCUCACUCUAGGCUGUGACUGUCUAGGUCAUAUUAAAUACUUUGACGGUUACCGGUCAGAUUCAAAGGGCCAACCAGUCCUUUUGAAAAAUAUUAUCUGCAUGCAUGAACAGGAUAAUGGACUUCAACACAAACACACCAACUACAGAUCAGGAGCGGCAACUGUUGUCCGCAAUCGUCAGCUUGUUGUUCAGAUGAUCUGUACUGUGGCUAACUAUGAGUACAUUUUCGCAUACAUCCUUGACCAGGCGGCAAAUAUCGAACUUGAAGUUCGUGCAACAGGCAUUCUUUCCACGGUUCCCUUUGACAACGAGAACGGAGAAACCGUCAAAUGGGGCACCAAUGUUGGCCCAGGUGUCAUGGCCCCUUUCCAUCAACACAUGUUUUCAUUGCGAAUUGAUCCUGCAAUUGAUGGAUUCAGAAAUACUGUCUGCUACCAGGAAAGUGUACCGCUCCCAGAGGACGAGACAAAUCCAUACCUAGUUGGAUAUACGACAGAAGAAACGGUUAUUGAUAAAUCUAACACCGCUGAAACCGACAUCAACCGGCAUCGCGUGUUCAAAAUCCGCAACGAUAAUGUUGUUAACCCUAUUACAUACAAGCCCGUGUCGUACAAGCUCCAAGCCGCACCCAGUCAGAUGUUAAUCAUGCCCAAGAAGGCAAUGGGCUACCAACGGGCAGAAUUUGCUUCAAAGCCAAUCUGGGUCACCAAGUAUCAAGACAAUGAAUUAUACGCUGCCGGAGAGUUCACAAACCAAAGCAAACGAGCCCAAGGGGUGGAGACCUGGGUUCAGCGAAAAGACAACACAGAAAAUGAAGACGUUGUCUUAUGGCACACCUUCGGUCUAACCCAUAACCCUCGCAUUGAAGACUUUCCAGUCAUGCCCAUGGAGCGCGUAAGUGUCAUGCUCAAACCCGACGGCUUCUUCACAAAGAACCCAGCUCUGGAUGUACCUCAGUCGACCCAGAACUUUAACAAAUCCACACUCCACCCGGAGUCAUGCUGCGAGUCGAUGAAGAGUAAGAUAUAG